CUGACUCUAGUUAAUGCAGUGGUAAAAUGAGUCGUUUUGGUUCGUCGCUGUCUACUGGGAUUAUUUAUUAUUUUUUAUUGCCGUUUGGUGAUUUACAUCUGGUUCCUGAAAGACGUUACAGUAAAAAGUGUUCUUCAAUCGGCUGAUCGGUAAUUCUGAGGGGAUAGUAGCCGUCUGCAGCGUUGCCAUUCCCGGGGAAGGAAUCGGGAAAAUGCCGAAAUCCAAGAAGCGGAACAACAAGGGAGGCAGUGGAGGUAGACAGCACCGAGCAGUGCAGCCAUUCAGUGAUGAAGAUGCAUCCAUUGAAACCAUGAGCCACUGCAGCAGUUUCAGUGAUCCUACCAGCUUGGCUGAUGAUAGUACAGAAACGGAUCAAACUGUUGAAGAUCUUGAUGAAGAAGCAAGCCAAGAGGAUUAUGACUAUAAAUUGAGAGGAUUUAUUGACAGCACUCUUGAUAAAAGUGCAAAGGUCAGACUAUCUGCUCUCGAAGGAUUGAAAUCUGCUUUCUCUUCCAAACUCCUUUAUGACUUUAUCCUCGAAAGAAGGGUGACUCUAACAGACAGUAUUGAGCGCUGUCUGAAGAAAGGGAAAAGUGAAGAACAAUGUGUUGCCGCCCAAGUUGCUUCUCUUCUUUGCAUUCAGCUGGGAUCUAGCAUUGAAAGUGAAGAGGUCUUCAAAAGUCUGAGGCCCAUUUUCAAGACCAUCCUUACUGACAAAUCAGUCUGUGUACAGUCACGGAGAGCUUGUGCUACAAGUUUGGCUAUUUGUUGCUACGUUGCAGCUGAUGAUAUUGAGGAUCUGCAUUUAACAAUGACCUACCUUGAGAGCAUCUUUACAGCAUCUUACCAGAAGCAGGAUAAGACAAUUGGUGUCCAAACAACACAAUUGGAUAUCACUACAUUAGUAGCAUGGACACUACUGAUAACUAUUUGUCCAGCUUCAUUGAUGAAGAAAGUAUUUGAAAUCCAUUUGCCCAAACUUCCUUGUCUUCUUUCAUGUGGUGACGUGGAUAUGAGAAUUGCUGCUGGAGAGACAAUGGCACUUUUAUUUGAAUUGGCCAGGGAUAUCUAUGAUGACUUUGAAUUUGAAGAUAUGGAGCUUCUUCGUUGCAAGUUGAAAUGUCUGGCUACAGAUAGUAACAAGUAUCGAGCCAAAACAGACAGGAAGAAACAGCGGUCUGUAUUUAGAGAUGUCUUGAAGACUGUAGAGGAUGGGGACUUUGAUCCUGAAACUAUUACAUUUGGUCCAGAAUGCAUGUAUAUUGAUACAUGGGUGAAAAGACGUACAUAUGAAACCUUCAAAGAGCUACUUGCAUCUGGUAUAAGAUUCCAUCUACAGGCUAAUGAAUUUGUGCGCAGUGUCUUUGAAUUGGGACCUCCACUCUUGCUUGAUGCUGCUACUCUUAAAGCAACUAAGACUUCUCGAGUUGAACGGCACUUUUACAACUCUGCUAUUUGCAAAGCUAGAACGAAGGCCAGAAACAAAUUCCGUGACAAGAGAGCAGACAUUGGAGAAUAUAUAUAAAUUCCUGCCAAAUUCAAAAGGUGUUUAUCUGUGAGCAGUGUGUAACUAUUAUACUUGAUCUGUUUGUGUAGCAAAUGGAGAGAAUCAGUCUUUCCCGUCUCUUUUUAAGUAUUUAUCUGGUCUUAAUAAUUUUCCAAUUACUUCUAACUAUCCACCCAGAUCUGGGUUUAUUUAUUUUGUAAAUUUGCACAGCUUAAUGAUGCUACUUAAUUGUAUGUGAUUUUAAUUGAUGUAGUUAAAUAUCUGUAACUCAUUUACUGUUGGUACUGUAUAAUGCUACAAUUGCAUGUCCAAAUGUAAUAGCUAAUGUUUGUUCUAAUCAGUUUUUGCAAUAAAUUGGGGAAUUUGGCUCUGGAA